UGCGAGCAUUGCUCAACACGAAGAUGUUCUAAUUGGUGCACUAACAUAUGUACAUAUAAACUAUCAAAUUGGCCAUCGUUUAGCUCGGAAAAUGGAAGAAAAUGAGACCCGGCCAGAGGCCACAGACCCCACGGAACUGGCCAACGGGACAGGUGAGGUUGACGCCGCCAGCCAACACAAAUUCAGUCACCUGCAGAACGAGAUGCGCAAAAUGCAGAACGAGUUCAACACGCAGCGGGCCAAGAUGCGGGAGCUGUACAUGCAGAAGGAGGCUGAGGUCAGCCAGAGCCAGCUGGAGCGCAGGCAGCUGCAAGCGGAAUUGGACGAGCUGAAGACACACCUGAUGGUGGCGGACCUCAAGUCCGAGAACGAGCUGCAGCUGAAGGACCUCAAGGCGCAGGAGGAGAUCUCCUCGCUGCAACAGCUGGUGCAGGACACCAUCGAGGAGUCGUCGCACUACAAAAGCGAGCUGGAACGCCUCAAGCUGGAGCUGACCAAGUACCAGCAGAUUCAGCAUCAAACACAAACGCUGGCUCAGCAACCGCAGGCUGAGUCAUCCGGCGGCAUAGCGCCCCAAGUGCUGAAUCAGGUCAAGAAGACGCUGGGCUCUGUGCGCAAACUAGGCACCGACUCACUGAACAGCAGCUUUCAGCAGGAAGAGGAUAUCCGGUCGUCGAGCAAGGGCAGUGGCAAGCAAUACGCCUCCGAGGAGGCGGAAAUGAUGCACUCCAUCGUCGAGCAGCUGCAGGAGGAGAUGAAGGCCCUAAAGGUAAAGCUGCGCGAACAGGACGAGCAACUGCAGGCCAAGUCACCGGUGGCGGAUGAAUCCGCCCUGCACAAGUCCACAUCCAUGGAUGUGGCCGAGGGUUCCUGUGAGGCCUGCAGCUUGGCAGAGAAGAAGGCCGAUGAGCUGAAUGCACACCUCAACAAGCAACAAAAGCAAGUGGAUCUUUUGCAGAAGCAGCUUGUGGAAUCGCGCGAAACGCUGGCCAAAGAGGCCGCGCUGCGAAAGGAUCUGGAGGACCAGUGGCAGGAGAAGCGGGAAGCCCACAAAAGCGAAUUACAAAGCCUGCGCGAUCAGGCCAAAACCAAUGAGCAGCGACUGCUGGACAUGCAGCAGGCGUUCCUCGAGACCAAGGACGAGGUGAUAAAGCAGAUACAGCGCGUCACCGACGACCGGGAGCGGGUCAACAAGCAGCUGGAGACGCUGCAGGCCGACAACGACUUCCUGUCCGGUCGCUAUCUGGCCACGUCCGAGGAGAUCGACAACCAGUACAUCAACCUGCCCAACACGGUCGUCGAGCUGCAGGAGCUAAUGCUGCGACAGCAAAACGAGCUGAUCCAGGCACGCGUUAGCAGCGAGUACGAGCGGCAGAAGUGCACCAGCACUGAGGAUGAGAUUCAGAUCUUGCGGGCCCAACUGGAGGAGAGCAACAACGAGCGACGGGCCUACAAGCGCAAAAUGCAACUAGAUAUUAAGUCACUGCAGGACCGGGUUACGGAGCAUUUGGUCACGGUGCAAGCCUACGAGACGACAAAAACUCAAUUGGAGCGCAAAGAGGCUGAGCUCAACAAACAGCUGUCCGAGUGCCGCGUUGAAAUCAUUGAACUGCAAGAAACCAAUGAAAAGUACGCCAAAACAAAUUCGGAUUACAAGACGAAGAUAAAAACCCUGCAAGAGGAGCUAUCCACCAUGGAAACAGUGCAAAAGGAUUUCGUCAAACUAUCUCAAACCCUUCAGAUGUCGUUGGAGGAGCUGCGGCAUGCCGAUACGGAGGUUCGCUGGCAGGACGACGAUGACGUAAACAACUGCCCCACGUGCAACGCCUAUUUCACGGUCAUGGUGCGCAAGAUCCAUUGCCGGCACUGCGGCCACAUCUACUGCGAUAAGUGUCUAACGAAAACGGUGCCAUCUGGGCCACGGAAGCGAGUGGCCCGAGUCUGUGAUAUUUGUCACACGCUGCUCACGCCAAACACCGCUCCCUACUUCAGUCAGGGACAGCCGCCGCAGCAGCAGCCAGGUCAGCAGCAGCAGCAGUCCAACUAGGCGGCCGGGCUCCAAGCCCACGUUAUGUUUAUUAUGUGUGAGCUACGAUUACGAUUAGUUGGUAUUUCCUUGAACUCUAUUGCUCGGUUUUUGUGAUCCGAUUUAACGAUGUUACGAUUCGGUGUUUAAACCGUUUCAAUGCCACAGUAGGUCGAGUCAUUUCCUUUUUCCAUAUGCUAAUGUAUAAUUUGCAAUUUUGCCGUACCUUCUUUGUGCUCUGUAUAACGUAAGCGAUGAGUUGUCUAUGUUAGCUUAUGUCGUAGGUAAGUUUUCAUAAUUGAAUUGAACUCAAAUCAAAUAUACAAAUAAAAACA